AUCCUCGACCGCCAGCUUCUUCUCUGUGAGACAUCUGUCCAGUUCUUCCUUGCCUCGUGGAGGAGCUCUCCGAUAUGCCUCCGAAUUACUCGCCAACGCCUUCCCUUUUACGCAGCCUUUGCCGCGUCCUUCGAGAACCGACCUCCCUCCCUUCGAGGUCUCACCUCCGAGUACGAGCACGCUCGGCAGCGACAUUCACCCACCCUCGCCAUGCCCAAGCCAUUUCCGUCCUUCCGACACUGGUGGACAAGACCAGCCAGGAAUACAAAGACAACGCAACCCAAGUCAAUGCUAUAAUGGCCAAAUACGCCGACUUACACCAGAAGAUCUCCAAUGGCGGCCCACAAAAGGCAAGGGACAAGCACGUCCAGCGCGGCAAGAUGCUGGCAAGAGACCGAGUCACAGCACUCGUCGAUCCAGGAAGCCCGUUCCUCGAACUCUCCCCGCUCGCCGCACACGAGGUUUACGAGGACGAAAUUCCGGCCGCAGGCGUUGUCGCAGGAAUCGGUACAGUCGAGGGCGUAACAUGCAUGAUCGUCGCCAACGAUGCAACUGUGAAGGGCGGCACAUAUUACCCCCUGACUGUGAAGAAACACUUAAGGGCCCAGGAAAUCGCACAGCAGAACAGACUACCUUGUAUAUACCUCGUCGACUCGGGCGGCGCGAAUCUGCCCAACCAAGCCAACGUCUUCCCCGACCGCGACCAUUUCGGACGCAUCUUCUUCAACCAGGCGCGCAUGAGCAGCAUGGGGAUCCCACAGAUCGCUGUCGUGAUGGGCCCUUGUACAGCAGGCGGUGCCUACGUGCCCGCCAUGUGCGACGAGUCAAUCAUCGUCGAGAAACAAGGCACGAUUUUCCUCGCAGGCCCGCCCCUUGUCAAGGCAGCAACAGGCGAAGUCGUGUCCGCCGAAGACCUUGGCGGCGGCCAGCUUCACAGCAGCAUUUCUGGCGUGACAGAUUACCUUGCCGUCGACGACGCGCACGCCAUUGUCCUCGCCCGUCGCUCGGUGGCUAACCUAAACUACCCAAAGGAGCAGCCUGCGCCAGUCGAAGUCCGCGAACCGCUCUACGAUUCCGAAGAGCUCCCUGGCGUCGUGGGAACGAACCUGCGUAAGCAGAUCCACAUGCACGAGAUCAUCGCGCGAAUCGUGGACGGCAGCGAAUUCGCCGAGUUCAAGAAAGAUUACGGUACGACGCUUGUUACCGGCUUCGCACGCAUCUACGGGUACCAGGUCGGCAUCGUGGCGAACAAUGGCAUCCUGUUCUCCGAAUCGUCGCUCAAGGGCGCGCAUUUCAUCGAACUGUGCUGCCAGCGCAACAUCCCGCUCGUCUUUCUGCAAAAUAUCAGCGGAUUCAUGGUCGGGGCGGAUGCCGAGAAAGGCGGCAUUGCCAAAAACGGCGCCAAGCUCGUCACGGCGGUCGCAUGCGCGGAUGUGCCCAAGUUCACCGUCGUUGUAGGGUCGAGCGCCGGCGCAGGAAACUACGGCAUGUGCGGGAGAGCGUACUCGCCACGGUUCCUGUGGAUGUGGCCCAAUGCGAAGAUUGGAGUCAUGGGCCCUGAGCAGUUGACGGCCGUCAUGGAGACGGUGGGAAAAUCAGUCGACCCGGAGUUGCGAGACCGCAUCGAGAGAGAAAGUGACGCCGCGUUCUCGUCUGCUCGAUUAUGGGAUGAUGGUGUCAUCCCGCCUGCGCAGACAAGGCAUGUGCUUGGACUGGGAUUGAAGGCAGCGUUGGGCGGUAGCGCCGAGAAGACCAGUACCAAGUUUGGCGUUUUCAGGAUGUAAACGAACAGGAGCGUCGGGCAUAGAACGACGCGGGUUUUAUGUGCUGGCAUAUUUUGGGUAUUUGGUACGUCAGCACGGAAAAGCGAGAGACAGGCAGCCACAACAAUUGAAAGCUGGAUUAUGAUAUGUCGACGUGAGUCGAAUCUCACAAGAUGACACAUCGAUCACGAUUGCGGGUCCUUCUGCCUCGUCGAUCGUGUCGAUUCGGUCGGUCGCGGCGACGAGUUGCCAAUUGCUGCUCGUACUGCUGACUUCGGUUCGUGUCCUUCUGGAUGAUCUGCGAGCAGAGAUUGAGAAAGACUUCGUCGACAUUCGUCCGCCUCCGCGCUGACGUUUCGUAAUACGGCUUCUGGCCCCAUGACUGGGUGAGUUGGAAGGCUCGGGCUCGUGGCACGACUCGUUCGUCUUCCAUGUCGGAUUUGUUGCCGACCACCACCAAUGGAAUGUUUUCGUCGUCCUUGAUGCGGAUGAUUUGUUCGCGCAGCUCGGCCAGUUCGUAGAAGGAGUUCAUGUUGCAGAUGGAGAAGACCAGCAGGAAGCCUUGUCCUUGUUUCAUGUAGAGUUCUCGCAUGGCGGUAAACUGCUCGGUGCCUGCUGUGUCGAGGCUGCAGCCGGAGACAAAGGUUAACAUGGCAUUGGACAGCAAAGGAUUUGCCUGGGAAUUGUUGAAAGGGCAGUACAUACAUUUCGAGCAUGACCUGUCGGCCAUCCACGUUGACCUGCUUGCGGUACGAGUCCUCGAUUGUAGGGUCAUAACUCUCGAUCCAGACAUUCUGGACGAAUUGGGCCGUGAGACAACUUUUGCCUACGCCGCCUGUUGCGAGCACAAAGAAAGGAAUCAGUUCUCGGGACUGCGGAAGAAGAUGGCUACUGCAGGGCAUGCAUAGAGUCCAUACGUACCAGCACCAAGCACAACAAUGUGAUACUCUCGCCUGUUGAAAAGCA